CAUGAUCUUGCCCCAAAUCCAAAUUCUGUACUUGGCCUAUGGAUGGCUCAUAUAGUGUGUGUGUUUCAGUUAUCAUUCCAUAAUUUCACAGAUAAAUCCAGUUCUCUGGAACUUGGCCAGCUCUGCUGACCCCUUCCCAUCUUCACAUGUGGCAUCAAACAUGAAUGCAGAUUGUUGGCUGCUAUUUUCAACAUCUCCGCAGAUCCCUGCAGGCCUUGCUCCCUCACUGGUGAACCAGUAGGCUCCAAAGGUGCAACACAGCCCUCACCUCUCUGGUUCCCUCCUUUGCUUCAUGCCCCUCACACCCUGUGGGGCACAUGCUCCUUCAUCACUCCUCCGUGCUGUGUCCCUCUUUCACAUUUUUGCCUCUCACUUCAACGACCUGCCCGUGGCACUUUGGGGAAGCCCAAAAAACAAAGACCUGUCUCCACCAUCUUAGUUCCAUUAAACACCUACCCUGAGUCAGCCAGCCCCUGCCUUCCCUGAACACGUAAUCCUGCAGGGGAGAAAUGGACAGGAACUCACCACUUGUGCUCACGUGCUCCCCUAAAAGGACUAGGGGCCUAACAUUCACGAUCUUGCCUUUAUUUUGUGCCCCCGUCACCUGCCAGGGCUAGGGAGGUAAGGGCAGAGUAAAUGGUAGCUUCUAUUUUAAAGAUAGUUUUCUGGGCAGCCCCGGUGGCUCAGCACCGCCUUCAGCCCAGGGCAUGAUCCUGGGGUCCCGGGAUCGAGUCCCAUGUCAGGCUCCCUGCAUGGAGCCUGCUUCUCCCUCUGUCUGUGCCUCUCUCUUUCUCUGUCUCUCAUGAAUAAAUAAAAUCUUAAAAAAAAUAUAGUUUUCUGAGUUUAUAAAAGUUACUUCUGCACGUUUAUUGUAAAACAUUCAAAGGUUAACAGCAGGUCAUUAUAUCUCUAUUCCAUUCUGGAGUGGGGACCACUGUGAAGUUUCUAUUCUCUACACAGGCAGAUACUUUACAUGCUACUCUGAAAAUGUGCUUUUUUAAAUAUUUUUUUCAUUUUAUGAGAUAGUCAAUACCAAAUGAAAUAAUACACAUUUACUGCUUAGAAUACUGCCUAGCACAGUCAGCUACUGUUUUUUAGCAUGCCGUGGACAGCUUUCUUAAUCAGUAUAUACUAAACUCCUUUUAUUACUGUCCCCAAGCCAAGAAUAGGAAAGUCCCUGCGGGAACUUCAUCUUGGAGAAAGAAGCAAUAUAUGCCCUCCCCCAAGGUAGGGGCCGUUGAUCUAACAGAAACCAAGUGAAAAGGAUUACCAAUGUCUGGGGGAAGAGGCGGGUUAAUAAGACACCCUGCCCCUCUUUUGCUGAGGGCUGACUGGUGAUAUACAGUCAUCUGAGGGGUAUGGAUAGAGCCAGGACCCAACUCUGGUUGGCUCUCCUGUACCUGGCCUUCUAGUACCUGGUCCAGGUCUAAGACUUCCAAGUGCUAUCAAGCAAGGCCUCUCCUGCUUACCCAGCCUGCCCUCCGUGGUGAGUGGGGGAGGUGCCGCUCAGGCCUGAUGCUGAUCUCUCUUGACAGCUGCUCCUGAGGCUGGCAGGACGGGCAGGAGGGGGAAGGGACCAGAUUUAAAGGUCCAUCUGCCCCGCCCCCUGCCAGACCUGGGAGGGCAGACGCUGGUGAGCAUCCUCUGAGGCAUGGCUCUCAUGUAUAUGAGAAGUCGGAAACCUCUAUGCCCGGAUUUCUGCUCCUUGGUAUCGUGAACACCGCUAUCCUCAUUCCUGCUUCCAUCCCACAGGCCGCCAGGGAGACUAGAGGCAUCCACCAUGAGAUUUCGACGCCUGACCCCUGGCUACUUCCGUGUACUACAGGUAAGUACCUCUCACCGAUGGCUUCUGGCACCGACCCCCUACUUUCCCCUACCAUUGCUGGGCUGACACCCCCAGAAGCCAGGCGGUCACGUUUCCUGCCGCCUGAGCAGCCAGGGCCCAGAUGGGCAGUGAAGCGAGAGGGAUUGGGGUGGAAUCUCCCUGGGGCAGCAGUGGCAUCCAUACCUUCUUCACCCAACUGUACCUUCCAGUUCCUUCCUACCCACUACCUUUUGAGAAGUCUCCCAACUGACCCCUCAGAUGGACCCUCUGUGUACCUUCAGAUGCAGAUAGCUGGGGAGCUGAAAGCAGAGCCCCGGAGUCCACUGGCUGGGAUUGUGGCUACACUGCUGGCUGUCCUUGGACUGGGUGGCUCCUGCUAUGCUGUCUGGAAGAUGGUGGGGCAGCGGCGGCCGCCACAGGCCUGAUGAUAAAGUAGGCGGCCUCCCACCUGGGUCCUGGGGGAGGUGACUCAGCGGGGGCUGCAAUCUUGGGAACACACUUCUUUUCUGAGGGUCAGUUCCUGCUCUCAUGGGGAAGACGACAGUAUUAACCAGACCCUCCCUCUCUCCUUUACUGACUUGGGCUCCCUCUGGAGGCUCCAGCUCAGAUGCCCAGGACCCCUGAGGGAAGGCAAGGCUGUAGGGAAAAGCUGGACCAAGUGGGGAACAGACACCCUAGGUCCUGUAAACAAGAGUAACAGAGAAACCGCACAGCCCAGGAGUCUG